AGUUGGAGAUCGUCCAUCAUGUCGUGUGUUCGUUGCGUCUGUUGUGUCGUCGUACGAAUGCCGUUCGAAAGUUUUACCGCCGCGCCGCUAUAACAACUUUCAGUGCUCAUACUAGACUACAUUUCAUACGCAUUAUUACUUUACCUUUAUUUAUAAAUAUUAUUUUCGCGUGUGUGGUGAAAACGGUGAUCUUAUUGGAAUAUUAUCCAUCAUAUAGACACAUAGCAAAAUAUCGUUCCAGAUAACAUCAUGGCUUACCUGCAUUGACGAGAAAUCAAAAAAUAAAGAUAAAAAUGCCGCCUUCGAGGGAUUCAAUGGCUUACACCAAAGGCCUACUUAACGGACCGGGACAAAAUAAUUGUUUUCUGAAUAGCGCUGUACAGGUGUUAUGGCACUUAGACAUAUUCAGACGGAGCUUCAGAGAGCUGUAUGGGCACGCUUGCAUGGAAGAGUCAUGCAUAUUUUGCGCUCUAAAGGAACUAUUCACAGCACUUGGUUCCAGCCAAGAAACAGCUUUGCCUCCAGAUGCACUGAGGAAAGCUCUUGCUCAAUCAUUUUACGACCAGAGAAGAUUCCAAUUAGGUUUCAUGGACGAUGCAGCAGAAUGCUUUGAAAACAUAUUAUUACGAAUACACUACCAUAUAGCCAACGAAGAAGCUGAAGACAUGUGUAAUGCAAAACAUUGUAUAUCUCAUCAGAAGUUUGCAAUGACAUUAGUUGAACAAAGUGUAUGUGGUGCUUGUGGAGCUACCUCAGAACCUCUACCUUUCACUCAGAUGGUGCAUUAUGUAUCCGCUUCUGCAUUGACUGCUCAAGUUAAACAAUUUCCUUCAACCGGUCAAGCCGAUCUAUUUGGUCAACUAUUGAAGAAAGCUGGUGGAAUGGGAGAUAUUAGAGAUUGCCCAAGUGCUUGUGGUGCUAAAAUACAAAUAAGAAGAACACUAAUGAACAGGCCUGAAAUAGUUUCAGUAGGUAUAGUUUGGGAUUCUGACAGACCUACGUUAGAUCAUAUAAUGGCCCUUUUAAGUACACUGCGAACUUCAUUACGUCUAUGUGAUGUAUUUCACGGAUCAUUCGACUUACCAAAUGGAAGUAUGCCCCUACAACAUCAAUUAGUCGGAGUUGUGACGUAUUACGGAAAACAUUAUUCUACAUUUUUUUAUCACACUAAACUAAAAAUUUGGAUUUAUUUUGAUGAUGCUAACGUUCGUGAAAUUGGUCCUAGAUGGGAACAGGUAGUAGAAAAAUGUAAGCGAGGAAGAUACCAACCUCUUCUGCUCUUAUUUGCUUCUCCUGAAGGUGAACCCGUUAAUGCAACAACGGCACCAAAAUCUAUAACAAAGGCAACCAAACUUUCGUUUAGUGCAAACACUAUUCAAAGUUUGUCUCAAUGCCGUAGGUCUCUUACACCUAAUCCAGAAAAACCCUUAUCAAAUCAAGGUCAACGGAGAGCUGUCACUCCAAACCCAGAUCCAAUAAUUGCAUUAGCCAAACCAGGUUUAAAUUCUUCAAUAAACGAGUAUCAAAACUUGGCUCACUAUCAAACAGUUAUAAUGGCUAAAGCUGCAGAAAUGUACACAAAUGAUGAUUUAAAUGAUCAACCGGGAUCACCUAGAUCUAUGGCAUCUAAAUGUGAACUAGUUAGAAGAGAUUCUGGAAAUUGGAGUGGUGAUAGAAAUAGUGCUUCAUCCUCAUCAUCUACUUCAUUAGAAAAUCCUUACCAAUAUUUUGUUGGAAAAAUCCAAAACAGGGCUGGAAAUGGUUUUAGCGGCGUUCCUCGAAGCCCCAACAAACCAAAAGAUUAUACAAUGAAUCAAUUUGAUUUAGGAUAUGACUCUUAUUCAUUAUCUUCAAAUGAUAGUUUGCCUUUACAACAGAAUCUCAAGCAUAACCUACAGCUUGCUCAAAUACCGGAAGGACAUCAAACUUCUCAUACGUCAUUGAAAAAUGGUUCCAAAAAUUCUGCAGUCGAUGAAGUCGAAAGGCUUUGUGCCGAAGCCGAUCAGUUAUUGGGAAAAUCUGAAGCUACUGAAGAUUUAGUUAUGGCAUUGUCUUUGUGUAAUUUAGCUGCUGGUAAAGCUAGAGCUGCAAUGGAUGCUCCAUAUAGUAAUCCCCAAGUUGCUAGUUUUGCAAGAAUGAAACAUAACACUUGUGUGAUGAGAGCUCGCAGUUUACACAAGCGACUUGAAGAACCUCUUCACUCUACAAAUAAACAUGGUGAAGGAAGACACAGUCGAGAAGGAAGUAGUAGUAGCAAUAGAGGAUCUCAAGUAUCGCAUAGCCGGCAAAAUUCUAAAGAUAAAACAAUUCAGCACUCAAGGCAAAAUAGCAAAGAAUUACUUGACAUGUCACUUCAGUUAUCAUCUUUGCACAAUUCCCCUGUAGAUAAAUCUGUAAAAAACAUUGAAAUUUAUGCUACCUUACCGAAGAAUAAAAAAGGAUUGUUAUCUCGUUCAUCCAACAAAACAAAACAAGUAAUUGAAGAUGAAGAAUACAUGAUGUAUGAAAGACCUAGUAGAAGCUUACAAACUAAAAGUAAAGCUAAUAAAAAAGAUGGAGAAAAAAGAGCAAGGAGUGAAGAACGUGGUACAAAAAAUACUAAAGAAUUCCUGUCAAACUCUCUGACAAAGGAAACAAAAAAACCUAAAGUUGAAGAUAACAAGCAGCAAGGUAAAAAACAACAUAAAAUAAGGAGAAAAUUGCUAAUGGGUGGUUUAAUAAAAAGGAAAAAUAGAAGUAUGCCUGAUCUACGUGAAGAUGAGUUGCAGAUAAAAGAUCCACCUAAAGAAAAAAUUGUAUCUAAAGAUGACUCAAUGGUCGACUCAAUAAGUAGUCAAAACAAUCUAAGUGGAUAUUUUUCUGAAGGUCAUCUAGAGAGUACAGGAAACGCUAAUUUAUUGCGAAGUAAACUAAUGAGAAAAAGUUUCUACACUAACAAAUUCCUUCAUUUUGCUAAAGUACCACCGCCACCACCAAUGCGUACAUCUUCUCAACUGAGUAAAGCAGAAGGCAAUAAACAACAGAAUGAUUGGGGUUCUGAGCCUCAAUCCUUACCAUACAUCCAUCCUCGUAAGGAAGAUGUGACUUACGCUAACGGUGGUAUGUUACUUGACAAGGACAACAAAAAUGUUAUGAUUACUCAAGCUCAAGUUCAUCACAAUCCAGAACAAAAUGUUGUCAUAAACAAUGUUGAUGAUCUUGGGUUUCCAUUACCACCUUAUCCAAGUCCACUAAAUUCUGUGUGUCAUUCAAGACAACCUAGUGAAGAAUUUCCACCACCACCGCCUCCGGCACAACCAAUUGAUGAAGUUGAUGGAGCUUGUCCAGCUAUGCCUAUGGAACAAAUUAAAUUGGAAGUGAAUGAAGAAAACAAUUGGAUAAAAGAGUUACAAUCAAAGCAAGCCAUGUGGUGUGAUAAUGAUCAAGUUGGUCAAGAUUUAGAGUCCAAAUCAAUUGUAAAAGAUUUGAAAAAUAAAUUUGAACAAAAGAGCAUUAUUGAUAAUUUAAUAACACAUGCAAUUAAUAACUUACCAGCAGAUAGUAUUUGUGAAAUAGUCGACGACGAAGAAAAGAAAAUUGAAAAGGAGCUUAAGGGCGCAUUAAGCAAAACGUCAUUUGAUAGUAGCGAAUCAAAAAGAAAAUUAGGAAAAAAGAAAAAUGUUACCUUUUGCGAACAAGUAGUUCUAGUUGCGACUGCGGAAGAAGAUGAAGUGGAUAGCUAUAUACCAAAUCCUAUUUUGGAAAGGGUUCUUAGAUCAGUACUCCACAAAGAUAUUCCUAUUGAACCAAAUAGGGAAGUCACAAAAUCUGUAAUUCCAUUGAAACGAAACGACUCUGGUCAAUUCAAUCGUAGCAAUUUAUCUUUAAAAUCUUGUUAUGAAAAUAACAAUGUUGAAGAAAAAUCUAAUGUUGAAGUAAAAGAAGAGCUACCACCAAAAACGUAUCGCAUGUCUCCUGUGCAACAAUUGCCUCAAACACUUUCAUCCAUGGCGGUACAACCCAAACUAAAAGCACCUCUUCCUGAACAAAUUCAAAAACCUGUAGAAUCUGUAAAAAAUUACCGCAUGUCACCAAUUCAACAGUCAACAACUCUUAACCAAUCUCCAUUGACACAACAAAAAUUCAAAUCUCCUUCUACUUCACAUAUAGCAAAUGCAAUGUCAAAUUUGUCGAUAAACUCAAUGGAGAGUAUUCAGUCGGUUCAAAAUCAAUCCUCAACCACACAUAGGUUUUAUUCCCAAAACCAACAAAAUAACAUCUAUCCUCAACAGUAUCAAAGUCUUUCGCAUAUGGGACAUCAAAAACCGUUUUUAAACAAUGAACCACAUUCACUGAACUAUCAAUCGAUGAGUGAGAACAAAUCAAGUAACUCGCCUGUAAAUUGUAGAUCAAAUCAGUCUUCUUUGGAGAGGAAUCAAACGAUCAGACAACCGAACAUUAAUGUUCCGCCGAAUUGUUAUCCCCAACAGUCACCUGUUGAAGGCAGAAGCGGUCAUUUUAGAUACAACGGUGACAGUCAAACACAACUCCGGCUUCACGGAAAUCAAACAUCAAAUUCGGAAACAAAUACCCACCAAUAUCAAACCAACUCAAGCUCUCCCAGAACAUCUUACCCACAAAAUAAUGCACGUUUCAAUACUUCAAACGUUGAACCACCUGGUCAAUAUCAAAAUAACAACGAAAACAGAACGUACAACAACCACGGUCAAAUUCCCCAGUACCAAUGUCAACCGCUUGAGAGGUUGAACAGCAGCAAUAAUAACAUCAGUCAUGCGACUGAUAACCGGACAUGUUAUCCGCGGCAACCUAGUCCCGUACAAGCACAACACAACAACCUCAAUAUCAAUAAUUUCGGCCGUCACCAAUCAAGCCCCACGACUGUUUGUAGUGAAAACGGUAAUAGAACCACCUAUGGGCAGACGCAACAGCAUCAAUUCGACAGAUCGAGCUCUUCGAUCAAUUGUAGCGACAAGCCAGUGAUGAACCAACACCACAAUCCUCAUCAACAACAACAACAACAACAACAACAACAACAGCAGCAGCAGCAGCAACAACAGUUUAUUGAUAGGCUGAGCAUCGCAAGUAGCGAAAACAGCAAUAAAACAGGUUAUCUGCAACAGGGAGUAUCUGCUAACCAAGCGCAGCAGUUGGAAAGGAUGGCCCAACAUUACGAGAACAAGACUGGCGGGUAUCUGCAGCAGGGCCUAACCUCAACGAAUCUGUUGCCCCAGCAGCAGUUUGGCGUUACAACGGGAGACAACUACAACAACAACAACAACAACAACAACAAGACGGGCAGCAAUCAAUCGCAGCAGCCGUCGGUACAACAGUGUUCGCCGAACUACGCGCACUCCGAAUCGAGGACGUCGUCUGGAUACCCGAUGCCGCAGCCCGACAACAGACCCGCGCAGGCCCUUCCGGCCGGAUACCCAAGGAACUCUGUGGAAGUGAAACCUGGCCCACACUCACCGGGCGUGUUGCUGAGGCAGCGCAGCAUGGUCAACGGCUUCCAUUCGAUGCCGUACACCCGACAACCCGCGGACACCGUGUCUCACCUGCCGCCGGCGCACCCGAAAAAGGACGCCGCCCAGCCGACCAACGGUUUCGCGAGAUCGCCCGCCGAGUCGGCGCACGGCUCAUCGUCGUCGCUGGACCGGAACAAGCAGCUUCACCAGCAGUACGGUGGCCAGCUGGACGGUACGACGCCAUCGCUCCAGUCGCCGUCCAAGAUCCGCCCGGUUAACUCGUCGUCGUCGUCGUCGUCGUCGUCAUCGUCAUCAGCGGUGUCGUCGGUACAGAGGACCAACACGGUACGCAGGCCAAUGACUGUUUAUGAGCCGCAACAGUUACCGCCCUACCAGCACCCGCCGGUCCCGGUGGCGUUCAAACAGCAACAGCAACAGCAACAGUUGCAGCAGCCGUGCAGGCCCAACGGCCAGCCCAGGUCCACGACGCCCAACGGCAACGCGGCGGCCGCCGCCUCCAACGAUCCGGGCCGAUACGCCGUUUAUCAGCAGCCACCGUCACCCCGGUUGCAGGAGAAAUGCGCCAACGGCGUGAUGAACGGCAUGCCCAGGCCGUCGCCGUGCAACCUGUGCCGCAAGAAGGCCGUCAACCACCCGUCCAUAUACUGUUCGGACUGCGAUUUUUACAUGUCAAGGUUCAAGCCCAAGGCUCAAUCGACUACGUGCUAACAUGAUAUAAUAUUAUAGGUAGUGUUUGCGAAUAUUUUUU